GCCUGCAGCUGCAACACUCUGCUGGUACUAUUUCUGUCAAAACUGCUUUAAUGCCAAAUACAGGAUCAGGACAACACAUUUAGUCUCUCCCUUACACACACACACACACACACACACACACACACACACACACACACCAUUAGCAGCAGCAUGAAGCUUUUCUAGCACGCUCUCUCUGUCUCUCUCUGUCUUUCUCUCUCUCUCUCAAACACACACAUAAGCUGGCUCGGCCUCAGUCGGGCGGCUGGGUGUGUGUUGGACGGAGCUCAGAGACGAUGGGACGGAGCUGACGAAGCAGCGAUGUGGACAAAGAGGAGGGAGACAACAACAACGUUUAAUCCGGAGUAAAAACUCCAGUCCAGCUUCUGGUUUCUGGUUUUAACAGACGCUUUGAGAUUCUGGCUUUUGACGAGGAAUUGAGCUGCUGGCGUUUUAAUCCGAGACCAGUUUCUGUCCUUGAAGACAACAAAAAGACAAAGUCUGGAUUCUGGGCUCAGAUUUGUUCAUUUCAGAUUUUUUUUUCUUCUUUUUAUCUUCUCUUGUGAAGGCUGCAGAUGAAGCAGAACAACAACAGUUUCUGUCUCCUUUCUCUGUUUGGAGGCUGAACCAGCAGAGCCGAUGGAUCCACUCCACAGCUGGACAUCUGGAUGAGAGUCUGAAGUCACAGUAGAGUCAAUGUGACAGACAUGAAGAACCCGAACCAGUAUGGUGGAAGUCACCUGGAGAGUCUGGCGUGUGCAGUGCUGUCCGGUCUGGUCUUGGUUCUCCUGGGACUGCUGGGCUCGGUCCACGGCUGUCCCGCUGGCUGCACAUGCUACGGUAACACCACCGACUGCUCCGCCGUGGGCCUUCUCUCUCUGAAGCCCAUCCUGGGACAGCUGGACCAGGACUCUCUGAUCCUCCGCCUACCCCACAACAACCUGUCGUCCCUGGGCACGACCGACCUGUCCAACCUCAGCAGCCUGGAUCUCCUGGAUCUCUCCCAGAAUCACUUUUCCACCCUGCAGCCCGGGGCUUUCUCGAGCCUGAGCGGCCUGCGCUGCCUCAAUCUCUCCGCCAACUACCUCGGGGUACCUCGCCUGGUGACCCCUGACCCCAACAACGGCACAGAAGUCCCCCAGAACCGAAGUCAAGGGAGCGUUGGCCUGAGCAGGGACGUUUUCAGGGGGCUGUGGCGGCUGCGGGGGCUCGACCUGUCCUCCAACGGCCUCCUGUGGCUGCCCAAAGGCGUGCUGGACGGGCUUCAGAGACUCGCCUGGCUGUCCUUGGCCGGCAACCGGCUGGCGGCCCUGGACCGAGUCACCUUCGAGCCCCUGGUGGGGCUGCAGCAGCUCCGCCUGGCGGGAAACCCCUGGGAGUGCGACUGCAAGCUGAGAGACUUCAAGCACUGGAUGGAGUGGAUGAUUUACAGGGAUGGGCAGGUGGACGCGAUGCAGUGCAGCCUCCCGGGGGAUCUGAAGGGCCGGGACAUCCGCAGCGUGCCGGCCGAGAUGUUCAGCCACUGCCUGCAGUCCGGGACCAGGGAGGGCGCGCCGGGUUACGGCACGCGGCCCCCGUGCCCACCCGGCCGCAUCAGCAGCAACGACGAGUGCAUCCGCCAGCGCUACCGGCCGGUGAGCGUCCGCCGGGCGCACGGCACGCAGAUAGUCGCGGGCGUGAUCUGCGGCACCGUGUGCGUCAUGAUGGUGGUCGCGGCGACGUACGGCUGCGUCUACGCCUCCCUGAUGGCGCGCUACCAGAAGGAGAUGAGGAGCCGCGGGCCGCCGCUGAUGGCCGAGUCCGGAGGCGACACGGACCCGGAGGACGGGCAAACGUCAUCGCCGACGUCUCCAGAGGAGACGCUGCCCAAAGAGCGCUGCGGCAUUGUGCACGGGUAUCGAAUCAGCAGCUUCUGACCUGAGCUGUCACACUUCCAUCCAGGGACGCUGUGGCUGCUUGUGAUCCUCGGCUCUCACCAGGGAGGAGGGAGAAACCCUGCAGCUCGGGGAUUGUGCUGAAAAGCCUCAGGGCGGGGAACAGAUGUACGUUGGGGGACAGACAAACAGCUAACAGAGAGGACUAAAGACAGUAAGAGGGUAGUCUACAUCGCCAAUGUUGCAUUUAAGGGAUUUUUCUUGUUCCGCCAAAGGUCCUGCUAGAUGUCCUGCUAGAUGUCCUGCUGGAGGUCCUAAUGGAGGCCCUGCUGGAGGUCCUGCAGGAGGUCCUGCUGGAGGUCCUGCUGGAGGUCCUGCUGGAUGGCCUGCCGGAGGUCCUGCCGGAGGUCCUGCUGGAGGUCCUGUUGGAGGUCCUGCCGGAUAUCUUGCUGGAUGUCUUGUUGGAGGUCCUGCCGGAAGUCCUGCCGGAUGUCCUGCUGGAGGUCCUGCAGGAGGUCCUGCUGUAGGUCCUGCUGGA